CUGGUUGGCAAUGCAGCAGCGCAGUCCUCCAGCAAAGUGCAAGUGACAUCUCCUGCUUGGGCAGACAAAAGAGUGCGAGACGCUCCCACACCAGUGCGACAGUCACAGGAUCACGGUGACAACGCUGGCAGCUCCGUGAAUCCUUCUAGCUCAAGUGGUGCACCACAAACUGGAGGCCAGACGGCGCCGGUGCCAGGAGUAGGAGAGAAUGGCUCAGCAGCGCCAGGUGAUAUUGUUACGAAGGCUGGCGCAAAGCCAUCAAAGGCAAAGAGCCUUGAAGAUGACGACUUUUUUUUUGACGAUGACAGAGCACUUGAGGAUGAGGAAGAUGCUAUGCUUUUUAAUGCUGCAGUGCAGGAGGCCGCAACGACGGGUGUAUUCGUGGAUCCAAGUACAAUAUCAACAAGUGCCAGCACUUCCAAAUCCAAAGCCGUGGGAGCGACUUCUUCUGCUUCCACAGGACAAAAUGCAGUUGAUGCAAAUGCGAAUAACAAGACAACAUCAAGCUCAAGUAAUUACAACAAGAAUAGAGCAGAAGAUGUACAAGGUGAUAUGUUUGCAAGCAUGUAUCUUGUCAGCGGCACGAUUUCAGGAGCACACAGCGGAACAAGCAAUGCGCGGCGUGUGCAGUCAAGUAUUCGCAAUCUAGAAGCCCAAGUCAAGCGCGGCACGUGGGUCACAAACGACUUUGUAAGCAAGUAAGGCAAUUUUACACCCUCAAGAAGAAGAGCCUGAUUAUCCUGCAAGAGCACUUAAACUUAGUUAUACCUCCCACUUGAACUAAAAACGAAGUAUUGAUGAAAACUCGAAACUCUAAUAUCUCUAAAUCAUUGCGAAAGUGCCCGCUGA